CUGCAGCCCGGUUUCCAACGAACUCGGGUCUUGGCGAUGAUGGUCCUACUGCAGGUUCGCAAUAUUCACACGUUGGAGCUCGGAAUCAAUAUUGAACGGCUCUUGAAAUCUCUCUCCAAAGGUGGCAUGGGAUUUCCGACGCGCUACGAUGCGCUUACGGACAUUUGGCUUCACCAGAACACAUGGGGAACGUAGGUACUAUGCGUGAAGAAGACCCGUACUCCGAUGUCAGCGGCGCGAGACGUCUGCUGGAAUUAGCACCGCGGCGCGAGACAGUCCAUCUUAAUUUCUUCAGUAGCAAUGAUGAAGCGUUGUCUGCCGUGGAUUGGUCCGGCGUCAGAAACCUGGGCUUACAGCGCUUUGCAGCUUGCGGUGAUGACGACGAUGGGUGGACGCUUCGUCGCAUUGUGUCGGUUUGUCAAAAGCUGCGAGAGGUGUCAAUUGGCCUGACGGGCGGCGAGGGCGCCGCAGAGACCGACGUGCUCCUGCAAGCCAUAAUGGAGCGCACAAGGGCUCUCUGGGCGGUAGACUGGAGUCGGUUUUACAGUCAUCACAUUCAAGAGUUAAGAGAGAUGGCGAGAAGAUGCCAGAACCUCGAGGUGGUCAACUUACCGGACACGGGGAGAAGCUUGUGGCUGAUCAAUGCUCUUCCCCCAUCGCUACGUUGGCUGUGUAUUCCCGUGGGGCAUGGGACACUUGAACACAGCUUGACAGCAGAGCGGCUUACCCAAUUAUUCCACUUGGUAGCUUUGCUCAGAAGGAGGGUGUUUGAUGUGAGAGAUCUCCCAGACUUCCAAGGGGUGGUCAUCCCAGCCUUCGAGUGUCAACACGGCCGGCGGUGCAUGCCUGCGCUACAAAGCGAGCUCAGCAUGGGCCUAUUGCAGAAAAGCCCCCUGCCCAUAGGCGAUGUUUUCACGUAUUGUGAGCUAGCAAAGAAUGUUCGACAGGAAUUGUUCAUGCUACUCAACGCCAGACUUCCCUGUAGCGUGGAAUUCGAUGAUUUCCGUCACAAGCUGGAGAUGUGGUUAGAUACUGUGCCUGGCCGGGACGAUCCCGGGCUGUGGGUCAAGCUCAAUCCCAGCACAACGGAUGGUGGACUUUGUUGAUGAGCAAGAGGAGAGGAUCAUGCUUCGAGUAGUUGAGAGGACCGGAAGCGUUGUGAGGAUAUUGUAUCUUGGAACAUGACGAUAA